AUGGCGCCCGGUGCAGCAGCUGCCCCCGGGGAGCAGAGCUCUCGGACCGGCUCCUUCCCUCCGACGUCUCUGUCAGCCGAGUCCACCUGCAAACUGAAGGCGAAGUUCAACCUGAGCGGCUACAAGGACGUAGAGAAGAAGAAGGUCGUGGUUGGGGGCAUGUUUCCCGUCCACAAGCGGAUCGCUUCCAGCGAUGGGAACACCUCCAGGGUGCCCGUCUCCUCGGGGUGUGAGGGAUUUAACUUCCGUACCUUCCGCUGGACGCAGACCAUGCUGUUUGCCAUUGACGAAAUCAACAAGAGGACAGACCUGCUGCCCGACACCGACCUGGGCUACGUCAUCUACGACUCCUGCUUCACCAUCUCCAAGGCCGUGGAGGGCACGCUCACCUACCUGACGGGCCAGGACGAAGCCGUGCCCAACUACCGCUGUGGGUCAGGAGCCCCCCUGGCGGCCCUGGUGGGCGCCGGGGGCUCUGAUCUGUCCAUCGCCACUGCCAGGAUUCUUGGUCUUUAUCAUUUCCCACAGGUCAGUUAUUCUUCGACAUCCUCUGCCCUGGAGAGCAAGUUCCAGUUCCCCACCUUCCUCAGGACCAUCCCCAACGACAAGCACCAGUCCACAGCCAUGGCCCAGAUGGUUCUCCACUUCGGCUGGACCUGGGUGGGCACCAUCGCCGCCGAUGACGACUACGGCAAGUACGGCAUCAAGGACUUCAAGGAGCAGGUGGAAGAGGCGGGCGUCUGCAUCUCCUUCUCAGAGGUCCUGCCCAAAGUGAGUUCCCCAGAGGCCAUCCAGCGUAUCGUCCAAACCGUGGCCGAGUCCACGGCCAAGAUCAUCGUGGUUUUUUCUUCCGACGUGGACCUGAGUCCUUUGAUCACCGAGCUGCUCAACCACAACGUGACCAACCGCACCUGGAUCGCCAGCGAGGCCUGGAUCACCUCGGCCCUCAUCAACCAGCCCGGGGUGAGCUCAGUCCUGGCUGGGACUCUGGGCUUUGGAGUGAAGAGGGCUGAUAUUCCUGGUCUCCAGCACCAUCUCCUGGACAUGGACCCCUAUGCUGAUCCUCUCACUGAGGAAUUCUGGGAAACUUCUUUUAACUGCACUCUGGACUACGGCAAAGCACUGAGGCUGGCCAAGCAGAGGUCCAAAGAGGUGAACAGCACCACAUCCAGGGCCGUGAGAGGCGUCCCAGAUGGCCUGUGUUCCGGCAGAGAGUCUCUGGCUCAGCUCACCAAUACUUACACUGAUGUGUCCCAGCUACGAAUCACUUACAGUGUGUACAAAGCCGUGUACGCUGUGGCCCACGCCUUGCACAACCUGGAGCACUGUGAAGAUGGCAAGGGGCCGUUUGUCGGUAACAGCUGUGCCGACAUCAAAAACUUUGAGCCGUGGCAGCUGAUGUACUACCUGAAGAAUGUGCGUUUCAAAGUGCCGAACACGGAUGAGGAGAUCUACUUUGAGAACGGGGAUGUGGAGGGCUUCUAUGAGAUCCUGAACUGGCAGGUCGACAGUAACGGGGAGAUAUCUUACAUCACCGUGGGGAGAUAUAACGGCUCGGCUCCGGCGGAGGACAGGAUGAGCAUCAUGAACGACUCCAUCGUGUGGAAUGACGACGGGCUGGAGGUCAGUAGCGGCUAGUCGCAUAUGGCCUUUUACAACCGGAUAGGUCAGCUCCCCCCUCGGUCCGUAUGCAGUGAGAACUGUCAGCCGGGCACCAGGAAGGGGAUCCGGCAGGGGGAGCCCGUCUGCUGCUUCGACUGCAUCCCGUGUGCCGACGGAGAGAUCAGCAACACGACCAAUGCUCGUGAGUGUAUCCUGUGCAGUGGAGACGACUGGUCCAACGACGCUCAUGAUGCCUGCAUACCAAAGAUCAUCGAGUUCUUGGCCUUUGGAGAACCGCUGGGAAUCACUCUCAUCGUCAUCUCUGCCUUUGGGGCUUUAGUCACCAUCGCCGUUGGGGUGGUGUUCAUUGUGCACAUCGGCACCCCUCUGGUGAAAGCCAACGAUGCUCUGUUGAGCUUCUCGCUGCUCUUCUCGCUGGUGGUGACCUUCCUCUGCUCCAUCGUCUUCCUCGGAGAGCCGCAGCACUGGAGCUGCAUGACCAGCCAGGUCGCCCUGGCUCUGGGCUUCGCUCUUUGCCUUUCCUCCAUAAUGGGUAAAGCAGCGGUGCUGAUGCUGAGAGCUCAGGCCCUAAAAGCAGCUCGGCUCAGAGCGAAGGAAGCAGCCAAAGCGGCGAAGGCCGCGGCCGAAGCGGCGGCGAGCAGCGGCAGUCCAGACAUUAUCGUAACCAACACGGCCAACCUGAGCGACUGCAACGCCCCCGCCAACCCUGAAGUUGAUGUUCUCAGCUGCGCCCACCAGAGGGCGAUAGCUGCCAUUGCGACAUUAAUACAGGCUAUUGCUUGCACGGUUUGGCUCAUCAUCCUCCCGCCGUACCCGGUCAAGAACACCUCCGCCCAAAAUAUAAAGAUCAUCCUGGAGUGUGACGAAGGGUCUGUGGUCUUCAUCUGCUGCAUCUUCGCCUAUGACAUCCUGCUGGCUCUGCUGGCCUUCAUCUUUGCCUUCAUCGCCCGGAAACUGGAGGACCACUUCAGUGAGGCAAAGUGCGUCACGUUCGGCAUGCUGGUCUUCUUCAUCGUGUGGAUCUCCUUCGUCCCGGCGUACCUCAGCACGCGGGGCAAAUUCAUGGUGGCCGUCCAGAUCUUCGCCAUCCUGGCCUCCAGCUUCGGCCUGCUCACCUGCAUCUUCCUGCCCAAGUGCUACGUCCUCCUGGUCAAACCCGAGCGCAACACAGAGGAGAUGAUGAGGCCCCGCGCCAAACUCAGGGACGGCAUCUCCACCGGGACGUCGGCCUCUCUCGCCACAGCCGGCACUGAAGUCAACGCCACCAUGGCCUCCACGUCCAUCGAUGAUUAGAAUAACGCUGACUGGAGCCAUCCGCAUAUUGACAAUA